UAUAGAGGAAGGAUGCAACGGAUAAUGUACCCUCUGCUCACUUUAUUACUCGCGUGUUGUUUUUUUUGUGACAGUGCUAUUGUUGGCGAAGAAAACCAUGAGGAUUGUUUUGCCUCUGAUUCCGUACUCAAGUGUGACUUCAUUGAAAGCACUCAGGAUGUUCGGAUGGACGAAAGAGUGAACAAGUUCCAGACGGUGCUGGUGAUGAACACCGGACAGCUGCUGCUCCACCCUAGCGUGUGCACGAGCGUCAGCCUGUACCACAUCGGCUCCGUCAUGGUCACUAGCACCAGCCAGAAGGCCGCGAACUGCAGCGGGAAGGCCCUCCACCUACACAAUGUCACAGUAGAUCAGAUCCCGCCUUAUCUGGAGAUGAUCAGUCUGGAAAACUCGCGACUCACGGGAACUUUCCUCUCGCAACCCUACCUGAAGAAGGUCAAGGUGGUCAACUCGUGGCUGAGGCACUUCGACCUGGACACCGCCAUGAGCGGAGCUUCUGAGGUGCGGCUGCAUAGGACCAACAUCACGACGCUCAACAGACUCCACAUGGCUGGCCGAUCCAAGCUCUUCAUAACGGAUUCGACGGUCCAAGAAGUGUCCGAAAAUGCUAUAAAUUUCUUUGAAAACGCCAGCGUUGAGGUAAUGCGCUCAGUGUUUCAAGACGAUUCUACCGAAAUUGUAGUUCAUAACUACAAGAUAGGCAUAGUAAUAGCCAAUAUUACCGGAUCGUGGAGAAUCAAGUAUAAGUGUAGGGACACUCAGGAAACUCAUGGAACAACUGUUAAUAAAUACUUCUCAGAUGGAAAGCAGAAUGAUUUUCCCUUACAAGUUCUCUUAGGUGUGUUGGUUGUGCUGCUUGCGAUAAGCGUUUCCUACAACUGCUAUACCUGGAAGCCUUAAUGGAAGCGUAGGGAGAUCCUGAGCCAAGAUUGUAAAUAGUGAUAAAUAAAUAGCCAAUUAUCAGAGAAAAUAAUUAAAAAUAUAAACAAUGCAGUUAUCGAUUUUUUUUACUGUAUAUUCAGAAUAGAAAUAGCUUCCAUGUAAAGGGAAUUUCGAAGCAUUUGUAAUUCUAAAGAUUAUACCAAGGACUAUAUUCACUUUCUCUUUGUUUUAGUCACACUUCAAUGAGUCGCAUAUCUUACACAGGUAAAAUUGAUUGUCUGUGCUAUCCAUAUCGAUUUCGUUAUCACGUAGUUAUUUGUAAUCGGAUAUUAACCAUAAACAGUGCGCGGAAAUAUAAGACUGAUAAGCAUAUUAUUUCUAGUAUGUAAAGAUUUACAUAAACCUUUCAUCUAGAUGUCAAUCAAAAUCAUACAAAUUAUCAAUAGGUUGUCAGUAUAUUGGUUUUAUAAUUUUUACUUUACCAGAUAUUUUUUCCGACAGAAAAUUAUCCAGUCCUAGCUUUGUUUAUGUUCACGUGCUUAUUUCUGAUAAAAAAAUAAGAAAAAUAUACGUAAUAUUACCCAAGAUUUUUGCAACUUUAUUUGUAAGCCAGUUCUAUUUAGAACAAAUCUAACAUUAAUUCACAUCCAUUUUG